AUGCUUGUUUGUACCAGUUCACGACGUUCUCAAUCAUCUCAACAACAAUGCCAAUAUUUACAAACCGAAAUUCCAUCUACGGGCCAGAAGGAUUUGAAGUUGCCCGAUAACGGUAGGAGAAGAACUCUUCUUUUUGUAGUGUAUCACAACUCUUCCAAUGAUAAUGAAUGCGAUGACGACUGCGCCUCAAGCCAAGCCUAUUGGGGAACUCCGGAAGUCUUGCGAGACUUUGGUAUGGUUGAACCUCUUCCGCACACUUUCUAUUUGGGUGACACUAUGACUUUUGUCAUUUGGAAUGCCACCUUGGGAACUAAAGAGCCCGCACUUGACAAUUUGAGCAUCGAAUACAUGAACAACAACUAUCCUUCUUUUCAAACCAUUGACAAAGCCAGCAAGUCUACCAAACUGAAAUUUCAAAAGCUGACACGAAAAAGACUGCUCCAUACAAACUCUACAUGA